AUGACAAUUUUUUUGCGGUAUGUCAACAAGGAGGGUAAGCUUAUUGAGAGAUUUCUUGGUCUUGUUCAUGUUAAAGACAUAUCUACAAAGUCAUUGAAAGAAGCGAUCUAUACUUUGCUUUUAGAUCAUUCGUUGAGUCGAUCUGAAAUACGGGGACAAGGUUAUGAUGGAGCUAGUAACAUGAAAGGAGAACUUAAUGAUCUUAAAACUUUGAUUUUGAAAUAUAAUUCUUCAGCAUAUUGCAUAUAUUAUUUUGCUCAUCAGUUGCAAUUGACUCUUGUAGUAGUUGCAAAGAAACAUUAUGAUGUGAAUAAUAUUUUUGACAUUCUUACUAAUGUUUUGAAUAUUGUUGGAGGUUCUUUUAAGUGCAGGGAGAUGCUUCGAGAUGUUCAAGAUGAAAAAUUAAAGGAAUUGCUAGUGCAUGGUGAAGUUCAUACAAAGCUUAACAGUCGCUUUAAUGAAGUCAAUAUUGAUCUACUUCUUGGAAUGGGUAGUUUGAGUUCCAAGAAUUCUUUUAUGAAUUAUGAUAAAAAUAAGAUCAUAAAACUUGUUACAUACGAUCCAAAUGAGUUCAGUGCCUCCAAGCUUGAAGAUUUGAGUUUAGAUCUUGACAAUUAUAUUUAUUAUAUGAGAGAUGUGGCUAAUGCUUUCUCAAAUUUGCAAGGACUUGGAUGUCUUUCGAUGAAAUUGGUUGAAACAAUAUGCACAAGACAUGGGGACUUGUUUAUUUGCUUGUGA